AUGGAAGAGAAGUACAUAUCCAAACUGCACCCUGCAAUGGAUUAUGGGGCUGGGGGGUUUCUGAUACUUGUAGCUGUUGUGUCCAUAACAGGAAACGCGGCAGUCCUUGUUGCUGCUGUUAAGAAGUCUUCCCGUCUGAAGCCGCCGGAGCUCCUGAGUGUGAAUUUAGCUGUGACUGAUCUUGGGAUGGCUGUCAGUAUUUAUCCACUGGCUAUAGCCUCUGCCUUCAACCAUAGUUGGUUAGGAGGCGAUAUAUCCUGCAUUUACUAUGGGUUACUAGGACUGUUCUUUGGUGUGGCGAGUAUCAUGACUUUAACAGUCAUGGCAGUGGUUCGAUUAAUCCUGACAUCAACAUUACAAAUCACUGCAAACAAAAUAAACAAGAGGGAAAUCCAACUUACCAUUGUAUGUAUUUGGCUCUUUGCUUUGGUUUGGGCGAUCCUUCCAAUAUGUGGCUGUGGGAAAUAUGGACCUGAACCAUUUGGGAUCUCCUGUACAAUCAAUUGGUCCGAAGAACGUACCUUUCAAAAAUCAGCAUUCAUCAUUCCAUUCUCUGUGCUCUGUGUCAUACUGCCAACCUUGACACUUAUAUCAUGCUACUCUGCAAUAGCCUGGAAACAUCACAAAGCCUACCAAGCAAGCAAAAACAAUGAACGGAUCCUGAAUUCAAACACCCUGGAAAAGAAGCUAACACUGAUGGCUGUAAUGGUUACUGCUGGCUUCCUUAGCUGUUGGGCGCCCUAUGCUGUCAUCAGUUUCUGGUCUAUUUACAACUCCAGUGACAAUAUACCUCCUGAAAUAAGCGUGCUGCCGUGUCUGCUUGCAAAGUCAUCAACAGUGUACAACCCAUUAAUCUACUACGCUUUCAGCAAAACCUUCAGGAGGGAAAUCAAGGAGCUGAAAUGCUGCUGCCUUUGCCAAAUCCAAUUGUUGAACCAUGCAGCUGAAAAUGAACUGAGAGUGAGGUGGAGUGGACGAAACAAUGUGCAAAUCCAACCACUCUCUGAAUAAAACAACUGACCUGAAAUAAUUGAAUGAAACCAUCACGUGAUUUCCCCUGCUAUUCUUGAAAAGAAGGACUUGCAUCUAAAAUUGCCCAGACCCUGAAAGGUGUUUGUGACUCUCACUGAUAAUGAUAGUUAUCCUCUCACCAUGGUUACCAAUUACAUCAGGCUGUAUUCAUUUGCUGUCUUUUAUUAUCACCCUCAGAAAUAUAAAAAAUACCCUUUAUUAUGUUCCAUCAGUGUGUUUUUUUCAGAUUAGUUGAAAGUUUCAUAUUUGUAGCUCAUUCUGGUUUCUAGUUCAAUAAGACAAAGCUUUUUUAUUUCUCAUACACAAUUGUAAAAACUGUGAGCAGGGCAAAAUUAAAUAUCGUUUGCAACUGUUUCCCAAUUACUGGCUAAUGCAUCAUAGCCACCAGAGGGCGCUCUCUCAACACAUAGUAACAUGAAUGUACUGUAUAUUCUUCUCUGUUAUUUUCUGUACAGUAUACUAUAUAUUGUAGUAGGGAUAUGUGUUUUACUUUUCAAAUGAGUUAAUUUCUGUGAUCUCUGUUUGUACCUGUAUGAAAUUAUAUCAGCUAAUGCCUUUAUCAAUGUAGACUAUUAAAAACGAACAUGAAAUUUAAUCAAUUAAACAAACAUUAUGGCCAAUGCAGUGAAAGAAAGUAAAUCUGAUUACAUUGAAAA